GACAGUAGCGGCAUCACAAAAAAUCGAAACAACCGUAAACAUAACCUCCCGCUCGUUUUGUACCGAACGAAGGCAGCAUCCAUCGACCCACGGGCGUAAUUAUUAUUUUACUACACCUCCGUUUGCACACCGCGUAAAAAACUGUCCAGGAGGCUUAAUUGCCCACGAUGGCGUCGUUUAACUUAACUUCAAUAACCAGCGCACUUACCGAUCUCGAUCAGCACGGCGUGAAAUGGGUUGGCAAAGCGUCGAAAUGGGGAACGGAAGCUGAAGCCAAAGACCUGAUCGACGCAAUAAAUGCUUGCCAGGAUAUGCGUUUUCUGAACCUGGAAGGCAACACACUGGGCGUGGAGGCAGCGAAAGGAAUUGGCCGUGCGCUGGAAAAGCAUCCCGAGCUGAAGCAAGCCCUCUGGAAGGAUUUGUUUACCGGGCGAAUGAAGGAAGAGAUCCCGAUUGCACUGAAAGCGCUCGGGCAGGGUAUGAUCACGGCCGGUGCACAGCUUACCGUGCUCGAUUGCUCCGACAAUGCGCUCGGUCCGAACGGAAUGGUUGGAUUGGUGGAUCUGCUCAAGAGUACCACAUGCUACACACUGGAGCAACUGAAGCUAAACAACUGUGGUUUGGGCAUCCAGGGUGGAACGAUGCUUGCGGAAGCAUUGCUAGAAGGAUACAACGCCAGCAAGAAGGUAGGUAAACCGCUCGCGCUGAAAGUGUUUAUCGCUGGCAGGAAUCGGUUGGAAAAUGCGGGCGCAAAAGCCCUGUCGAAAACGUUCGCCACGAUCGGUACGCUCGAGCAGAUCGAAAUGCCACAGAACGGAAUCUAUCACGUGGGCAUAACGGCGCUCUCGCAAGCCUUUAAGCAGAACAAGAAUCUGCGCAUUCUUAACCUUAACGACAACACGAUCGGACCGAAGGGUGCGGCGGCACUGUCCGUCGCACUGCAGGACCUGCUCGACCUGAGAGAGCUCAACUUUGGCGAUUGUUUGCUAAAGACCAAGGGUGCAACACUGAUCGGGGAAGCGCUGCACGAAGCGCACGCCGAGCUGGAGGUAAUGGACUUUGGCUUUAACGAGAUCGGGCCGGAUGGUGGCUUUGCGCUGGUGAAUGCUGCCGCAAACAAGGAUAAACUCCGGUCGCUCGUGCUGAACGGUAAUCAGUUCGGUGAGGAGUGCUGCGAGCAGCUGACGGAACUGAUGCAGGACUAUGAGCGGAAAGGUGUGCUGGAGCUGGACGAGGAUGCGGGCGACGUGGAGGAAGAGGAGGAGGAGGAGGAUGAGGACGAGGAGGACGAAGAGGACGAAGAGGAGGAAGAGGAGGGAAGCGAUGAGGAGGACGAGGAAACAGUUGACCAGGAAGACGAUGAGGAGGAUACCGACGAGCGGGAGGAGGAUGAUGCAGAGGAAGCACUUUUAUCCCGGCUGAAGCAACGUAACCAGCAGACGAAUGGAGCCGGAAAUGAUACCGCCCUCGACGCAACCACCGUAUCGAUCGACCUGGACGCCACACUCCCGAACACAGUCGAUUCCUUCAUCCGGCAACACUAUCCCUCGGAAACGAUGUUCCAGUCGCUACCGGACACGGACAAGGUGGCCGCCUUCCGCGACUAUCUGAACGCGAUUCCAAAGGAUGACUACCUGGUGCAUACGGCCUUCACCAUCGUCAAGUGUUCGGAGCUGUGCGACAGCCAACCGGAAGCGCUCGAUGUGGCGCUGGCCCUGUACAAGGAUGCGUUCGAGUUUGCGCAGGCCAACAAGCGGCUGAAAAGCUUGCGCGACUUCAUUCUCAUUCAGCUCGGUUUGCUAAAGCCGGAAGAUCGUAGCUUCCGGUUGAACUACAACGUGCAGACGUGCCAGCGUGCGUUACGUGCCGCCAUCGAGAAAAAGUUGAUCCCGAAAGAGGAGACGGAAAUCUUCGAGACGUUCCUGAAUCGCGUAGGAUAAUAGUGUUCCGAUCGGUGUGGUAGCGUUCCUGUACAUGUACAUGAGAUCUUUUUUACCUCUUAUUAUUUAAAAUCUAAAUUCCAAGAAGAUGGCAUGGCAGCACAGGGUGUAAAAUAUCCCCUUCAAACCACUGCUAAGAAUGAAUGACGUUGCUUUACUCCGGUA